UCAUGCGUUAUUAUGACCGUUGCAUAGUCGUCGAGAUAUUUGUACUGUUUUCACUGCUCACUCUUAAUCAUGGUGCUAUUUUACCGCAGCGCAUCGCUUUUUCCGACAUACAAAAUCUGCUCGAUUUAUUACAUACGUUGAUUUUAACACUUGCAUGGGUUUGGAUUCCCAGCAUCCUUACUCGGCACUCUGUGCUUGCAAUGUAACUCCAAAACGAUAUGCCAGGGAAUGCAUCAACUAGUCAAAGGAUUCUGAAAGAAGUACCACAUGCGGGUGACAUAACGAAAGAAGACAUAGAACUGUAUGCUGACCAACUUGGAAUAGUGCUGCCUGAUGAACAAGAUCUUCUUUGGAUUGCUCAAGCUGGGCUUGAAGUAUCACUCCCACCACCAUGGUGCCCUGUGGAGGAUGCUCAAGGGAGGAUUUACUAUUUCAAUUCGGUUACAAAAGAGACAAUCUGGGAACAUCCCUUGGAUUCUUACUACAAAGAUAUGGUCAAGAAAGAACGGCGGAAACUAGCAGCCGCGAAAGAGGGAUCGGCGUUAGAAAAAGCUUUGGUCGACAGCGGUACUUCCUUGAUGUCAUCCCUGGAUGAUGUACCUCCUUUAUCUACCUUUGUAAAACCUUUGGAGUCCAACCCAUCAGUGUUCAACCCAUCAUUGUGCAAGCCAGAUAAGCAGAACAUAUUUACCUCAAGGUCGUGUCCAGCAGAUCUGCAUGUUAUUGGGACACAUAGAAGUGAUGUUGUGGUCCCGAAAGUGGAAUCCCAGACGCUGAAACCCGUGAAGAAAGCUCCGUCCGUGAAAGAACUGCAGAGCCAAAAAGAGACGCUCUUGUACGAACUGGAGCUACUAAAGAAAGCGGUCGAGAAGUAUCGUUUUCUUAGAGAACAGAUGAGGGCUUCCAUGAAACAGGAGAUGUCCCAGAAGUCUUCGAGGACAUCAUCGGAGAAAAACGCCAAGUCUCCAAAGCGCACUGGCAAUGGAUUCCCAGAGGACACUGUUCCAAAAGUUCAGGAUGGAGUGCCAAAGUCACAGGUUGCCAACUUGUGCGAACGUGAAAAGACACAUUUUUCGACCCUGCCUUCAAGACACAAACGGCACGUGAGUCAUGCAGACCUGACAAGAAUCAGCGAUCGACUGCGUCAACUACGUCAGCGCCACAUGCAGCUCACCAUGCGCGCCGCUGAGCAGGUGUCGGACGAAGCUUUGGCCGGGUCCAUAGUAGCACAAGCCGCGUACCAUUCGUCGCUGAACAAAGAGUUUGCGCCGUUGCUGAAAUCUGCCACUGCCAGCUUAUCAAGAAAACCAGCUCGAACAACGGAGCAGUCCAGCACUUUCGAUCCUGGACUUGGGGACACAUUGCCAUAUCUAGGGAAGCGUUCCAGCUGGUGCUCGGGAAUGUCCCCAAGGCAGCAACCUGACACCAGCCACGAAGAGUGGAUGAAGAGAUUGGCGGAGCUGCGGAACGGUGUGGAGGAAUGCAAGCUCAAGCACCUCCUCAUCAAGUGACACGAGCAUUUUGUAAUCAGACGACAAGUUUUCUCAUCCGUGCCAUUACGUCUGUUGUACUCACGUGUAUGUUAAAUAUUGCACUCCAUCACUCUGUACAGCCAUGCUGAAUAUGUGCAGCAAUCAACUGCUUUCAAGGUUAAAUGUGACAUGUUCUGUGGAUAAUGUCAAGGAUCUCUGCAAACUGUGUUGUAAUUGCAGAGAAGUCGAUGAUUUUGGUGCUUUGGACUUGACACGAGUUUGUAGUGUUGUCAAGGAAACCUUUGGAAAUGUCACCCACCUCUCCCAUUUGAAAAUCAGUGAGUGCCGGUGGUGGGACUUGAACCCCACGUCCCUCAGAUCGCCCAUCAGGUGGUUUUUCAUUGUGCGUCUUAAUUGUUUGUUCAACAUCCGCAACUUCUGGUACCGUUCUCUCUACCUGAUGGUGCUGGCUUAAAUAUUCACAAUGUACGACUGGUUAACGUGAUCAUAUAUGUGAUGAUACUGUGUAGGCAGAAGACAUCUCUACUAAAAGUAGUAUACCGCAUGUUUUAUUGACGGCGUUAGACUUCGGUGAUAUGCUCCUUGCGGACGUAUUUCGGACAAAUGUUUCGGCGUCAGGAGUGAGCUCUUGGGUCUAUUUUCGUCCUCUUUAUAUGCUCUUCAUAAAUUUGGGGGCAGACAAAAAUUAUGUUCGUAAAUUUAUAAAAUAAGGGGUAAAAAGUAAAAAGCUUUUCAACUAGUUGGGAUCAAAUGUGUGAAGGCAUUUACGGGAUAUACGAUUUCCUCGUUUCUGUAGAACACACUGCCAUAGUAACGUGAAACUGUUGUCCUCUGGUGCUGACCCCCAUUUGCCAUCACCAUAUCUGUUGUCUCUCGCUACUAUCACUGAAGGAUGCUUUUGAAAGUUUUUGAGAAAUGUUACUGUAGUUUGUCGCACCAAGUGCAGUAGGAAGCGUAGUGUUGAGACACCGUAAUGGUCACUCUCAACUGUUACAUGAAAAGCCAGGGAUCUUUUUUAUGAGUCAUUUUAAGCUAUUUAUACGCUCAUCUAGUCUAGUGCAUUACUGGCAGCCAGUUAUAUGCUUUCACACAGCAUGCACCUUUUUGCUCAAUCUUUGUUACACGUGCAUGUGCUCGUUGCUGUGUAUUAUUUGUGCACUGCAGCCUUCACACAUCCGCUGUGACAUGGUCGUCUCAACGUAGUCUCGAAAAUGAUGUCAAGUGUUGAGCUUUGUUGGAUGUGUUGGAAGCAAUGUGUAACAAAUCUGCAAACAGAUUCAUAAAGAUAAAUGUGUUAGUGUUGGAGAUAUA